AUGACGGCAGUAUCGACGCGAGUUCUUCUGGCCGCCGUUGUUGUCACCCUACUGGUUGGCGGGAUCAUCGUUUUUCUCUUAAGUGGACCCAAGAGUCCUGUUGUCACUUCUCUGGAUGAUCUCAAUAACACCUUUGCCUCCUCUUCUGAUGAAUUGUUGUUUGAAGGCUCGGGUCAAGGGCUAACCUCGGCGGAAGUGAGGUCCACAAAAGGCACAAUAACAUCAGCAGAGACUACACAACUCAUAGAAGGGGUCGUUGCAACAGCAGCAACCACAGCGUUUGUUCCGAUAGAAGAUGAUGAGAAACAAGAUCUUCCUCAGUGCUCUUCUACAAUCGUUGACACAAAACCCCAAUGUAAUGUGGACACGUAAGUCAUUAAUCACUGUUUUUAGAAUUAAAUUAAUUGCAGCCCCCUUCCAAGAGAGGUUAUCGACCGUUGGACCAAGCCUGAAUUCUCGUCUCAACUUCCCGACCUUCUGAAUGAUCUCCAUCCCAUUCAUUAUGACGUUAACAUCUCUGUUUCCCAUCUAGACAUUCGAUUAUUGAAGGCGUCCGUUGAAGCAUUUGUCAAGUUGCCUGAGGGUGGAUCAGUUUUGCCAUUGCAUCUACAUCGAACAGUCAUCAAUCUGGCCAAGGAUAAGACUUGGGUGCGGGAAUGUGAGACUGGUAAGUGUUCAAAGACGCCGUUUAUAACAAAUCUCCUCGUAAAACGAGGGAAAAUAAAAUAUUUUUGCCGAUUCUCACAGUCGGGAUGGCAGACGGCAGGGCGGUGACACUCAUUAAUGGACGCAUCUCCGCGUUAAUUACUUUGGUACCCUUCCCUGUGCCAACUCACAAUUUAUGUCAUCUUUUUUGUCAAGAAGUAAAUUUUUUCAGGCCGGUUUGUUUGUGUGUCAUCAUUGACUCAUCUAAAUGACCAAAGGAUUUUGUUAAUUGGACUUAAUGAAACUCUGCCCGCAGGGGCUUUAGUCUCUGUUUAUUUCCAAGACUUUGAAGUCCAAGUUCAUUCCAAUAUUGGCCUUGUUCUUCAAGCGCCCUCUUUGUGGGAGAAACAGCGUGCCUGGAUUCUGGCGACUUUAUUUGGUGAAACCGGAGCAAGGACUGUGUUCCCGGUUGUGGAUCAGAGUGGGGCAAAGGCUUCAUGGAGGCUGUGUCUGGAACAUUUGAAGAAUAUGACAUCAAGGUAGUCUUUGCAAUUUUUUCUCAUCAAAUUUAUCCUUUACAGAAGUAAUAUGCCGUCUGAAAAAGUAUCAGAAUCUGGAGUAGACCGUAUCCAACAAUGUUUCAAGACUUCGCCGACCCUUCGUUCUGAUCAGUUUGCAUUCGUUAUAUUCGACAAUUUGACCCCCAUUCAUUCCGACAGCAGUGAUCCUCGACUCGAAGUGUUUGUGGCCAAACAUAUCUCCGAGACAAAAUGGAUCGUAUUAGAGGUCCAAACUGCCUUAAAACGGAUGGCUGAUUUGACAGGAAUCCCUUACCCCUUAGAGAAGCUAACAGUUCUCUCUACUCCUCUAUCUGUUGAUGGAACUCACGAUCUUGGAUUGAUCCAAGUUAAGGACACGUGGGUGGAGUACCCAAAAUAUGUUCUGACUCAUUCGAUUUUGAUCAGUCAGGUCGUUCAACAAUGGAUUUCAAAUGUGUUUACCAUCUGUGAUAGUUGUAUCCAGGUAAGAAUCCAAGAUCAUGAGUAUUUUAUGGGAUGAGAAGGGCAUGUUUCUUUACGAAAAUGCAUUGUUUUAACGUAAUGUUAAGCGUAAUCUUAGGUUUCUUGAUUUAAAAGCAAUUUUGAUGAAUGUUUUAUGAGUGAUUAGUAUUGUUCGCACUUCUAUAUAUCUCCCAUCACGUUGACGGCUUAUCAUUUAUCUCUCCCAGACCAAAUGUUUAUUUUUUAAAAGUUCUUUGUUUAACGAUCUCAUUACUCUCAAAGACCUUGUCCUUCUCUCCUUUCUCUGGCAUUCCAUCAGUUCAAAUAUAACCUAGUCGCUAAGUGAAUCGAGGUCCAAAAAACAGUUGCCCUUUUCCGUUGCGUAAUCCCGAUGGAAAUAUUUCUAAAAAUCCGAGUUUUAAAGCGGAGAUUGUAACUGGAUGCCUAUGACUUUUUAACUCCGAUUCGUUGUAAAAAGCAAACAAAUCCUGACAAAUUGAAAUCGAAUAUCAGUUUGAUAGGGCCUUUUCUAAUUGACAUCUCUUUUUCAGGAUGGAUUGGCCGCAUAUAUCGAAUGGAUUGUGGGAUCAGAAUAUGAAUCCAUCGGGAUGGAUGUCCACAAAAGGGCUUUUGAUGCCAGAAAUCGGCUACUCAAAUAUCAGAAUGACAAGACUCCACUGAUCGCAUUACAAAUCGUACCAACAAAACCAGAAAAGGAGUGUGUUACGAAAAACGCAUUACUUUUUGCAUCGAUUGGAGAGAUCUUUGGAAGCGACGCCAUUAAAAGGUUCCUCGGGACUAUUGCCAGUGCCAAGCAAUGGGGAGGAUGCUUGACAAAUGAGGAGAUCGGAAAUGCUCUCUUUGGAGCUACCAACUCGCUUGUGUCAAGUAUGUUAUGACGAUAUAAGCAUGAUAUUGUUCUAGAACGGAUGUUUGAUUCUUUUGCCAAUUCACCGGAUUACCCAACUCUCAAGUUCAAGAUGUCCGGUCAUCAUCUGUCAGUUCAAUUAGAAAACGAGGCCGGAGAAGUAAAGAAACUUGAUAUGACAGUUCCCUUCGGCCUUUUGGACAACCGCGGACGUCAUCUCACACUGGUUCACAAUGGAUCGGAAAUCGAAGAGGAUCUGGAGGGCAUCACCGUCUUGGCCAAUCCGAACACAACCACGCUCUUCAGGUCCUUAUAUGAUGUAAGAUUUGAAUUAUUCCCAAUACUCGUGAUCGUCUAACGAUAAGCAAUGUCACCAUCAUCUGACGUCAAUCUUGUUUUAGGUUGAAAACUAUGAUCGUUUAGCCAAUUGCGCAUUGGACAGUGCCUGCCAGGACUUCUCCCAAGACUUAGUAGCUCAAGCUUUUAGUGAUUUAUGCUGGGCUCAUCUUCAUAACAAGUUAAAAACAAAUGGACGUGAUCAGCAAUGGCAGCAGCUCUUCAGAAAGUUGGCCAAGAGCUCUCUAGUCCAUCCUGAUUGUGCUUGUUGUAUGCAGACUCGAACAGAAGCCAGCUCCAAGUGUAAAUGGACAUGGAAAAGUAAAUGCUCUUCAUUGAGUUUGAAGAUGGAGAAGUUCUGA